CAACGUUCACAAAGCGCCCGAGCAGAGAAACGGCGAGAACGGAAAAGAGCAGAGGGAGCACGCGUCACUGUAGAGAGAGGGAAAUAGAGUUAGCCUCAUUAAUGCGCAUCGAUAAACUCCCUCUCGCUCCACUCUCGCUAUUUGUCUCUCUCCUUUCUCUAUACUGGCACUCUCCUCCAGUCGCUCUUGGACCCCAUUCCUCCUGGUCUUCAUUUCAACUCUCUCGGAUCUACUAUUGUGCAGUGCACCACAGCCAGGGAAGUAGCUUUUCUCUCCCAGUGGUUCUUGAGAUCUCUUCUUGUAGGUUGGGGAGGAGUCAGGCGGUGUGAAUGCCGGCAUCCUGGUCGACCAUGGAUGCUGGAAGUCGCCUUUACGGCCCGUGAUCCCUACCUUGAUGGUGCCCGUGGGGUGUUUCAGGUGAAAGAUGCGCGUUCUUCUGUUGCUCCUAUGCCUGCUUCCACUUGGGGUUGCUUCAAAUGGACUUCAAUAUUACUUCCUCUUCAGAUCAAAACCGAGACCAAGGUGCUGUUUGUAGUGAAACCAAUGCCCGUUGGCUCAACAAUUGCUCCAUCCAGUGUACCUGGAAAUUGGGCUAUGGCCCCAUGGGCACCAAGGCCUUCCCCAGCAUUUCCACCUCGUCAUAGUGGAAAAGCUGAAAAGCAUGCCCGGGCAAAGAAACAUCAUACAGUUUCACCAUCCCCUUAUUCUCCUCCAAAAGAAAAUUGUGAUAAAAUAACAUGUUCUGAUCCCUUCACUCGGACACCAAUUGGUUCACCUUGUGGUUGUGUAUACCCUAUAAAAGUUGUUAUAGAUGUAGGUGUAGCUCCAAUUCUACUGUUUCCUCAGAUUGCAGAACUUGAGAUUGAGGUGGCAGCUGGCACAUUUCUGAAGCAGAGUCAAGUUCGAAUCAUGGGCGCUGAUGCAAGUAUCUAUAAUCAAGACAAGACAACAAUUUCAAUUUACCUGGUGCCAUUGGGUGAAAAAUUUGACAAAAUGACUGCUUUAAUUAUUUACGAUAGGUUUUGGCAGAAAAAGGUUCGAAUAAGUGAAUCCUAUUUUGGUGAUUACCAAGUGAUAUCUGUUCACUAUCCAGGGCUUCCUUCCUCUCCUCCACCUAUGCCUUGGGGAUCUUCAGGUAUCAACCCCAGUGGAAGUCAACAAUACCCCUUUAGAGCAAACAUACGUGCUAGCAAGAAACAGAGCUUGAACGAUAAAAUAAUUGUUCUUGUUUCUCUUUCCUCAUUUUUACUAAUAUCGGUGUUUAUCGGAGUGGGUUUAAUAAUCCUUAAAUUUAAGAAGCUAGACCGAAUGCCUACUACUACCAGCUCUGCCGGCGCCCCUUUGACCAAGAGAUCUGGAACUAGGACUACCAUACAAAGUAGUGUUGCAAGUUCAACAUCCAUGUCUCUUGUUUCUACAAUGGCUACUUACCCAUCCUCAGUGAAAACAUUUUUACUAUCCGAGCUCGAGAAAGCAACUAAUAGAUUUAGUUCAGAGAGAAUGCUGGGUGAAGGUGGGUAUGGACGUGUUUAUCUUGGAAUUUUGGAGAAUGGAGAUGAAGUUGCCGUUAAGCUGCUAACAAGGAAGGAACAGAAUGGUGAUCGUGAAUUCAUUGGAGAAGUAGAAAUGCUGAGCAGACUGCAUCAUCGUAAUUUGGUCAAGCUGAUUGGUAUAUGCAUUGAAGGCCAUAAACGCUGUUUGGUUUAUGAACUUGUUCGAAAUGGAAGUGUUGAGUCCCAUCUGCAUGGUGCUGAUAGGGACAAGCAGAAAUUGAACUGGGAUGCAAGAAUGAAGAUAGCCCUUGGUGCUGCCAGAGGCCUUGCAUAUCUGCAUGAGGAUUCGAAUCCUCGUGUUAUUCAUCGUGAUUUCAAGGCCAGCAAUGUACUGCUGGAAGAGGAUUUUACACCUAAGGUGUCAGAUUUUGGGCUGGCAAAGGAAGCAUCUGAUGCAAGCCAUCAUAUUUCCACCCGAGUCAUGGGAACUUUCGGGUAUGUGGCGCCUGAGUAUGCAAUGACAGGGCAUCUUCUAGUCAAGAGUGAUGUCUACAGUUAUGGUGUUGUUCUGCUGGAACUUAUAACAGGCCGCAAACCUGUGUACAUGACUAACGCCGAUGAACCAGAGAAUCUAGUGACCUGUGCUCGCCCUUUGCUGACAACCAAGGAAGGUUUAGAAAAGCUUAUAGAUCCAUCCUUACAGGGAAUCUGUGAGUUUGAUGACUUUGCUCGAGUUGCAGCUGUAGCCUCCAUGUGCAUUCACACAGAAGCAUCUCAGAGGCCUUUCAUGGGAGAAGUAGUGCAGGCAUUGAAACUAAUAUACAAUGAUAUGGAUGAAACAAAUGAAGACUCUUAUAGCCAGAGAGGAUCAUCCUCCUGUCAGGACUGUGACUUCAAAGGUGAUUUUGGGCUUGAGUACAGCUGGUGGAGUGGAGGCUCUCCUUGCAUAAACUAUGGAAAUUCAUAUUCUCUGGUAAACAUGGAGUAUAGUUCAGACCGUAUUCAAGAGAUGCGCAGGCCUCACUCCACUUCCUCCUUGGCUGACAAGUUUGAAUCCUUAUCUAGUUAUAACAGAUCUGGACCUUUGAGAACGAAGAGGAAGAAGUUUGGACUUCAUAGACUGAGAAACACAAGGAGUGAGCAUGGGAUUACUAAGAAACACUUGCAUUUGAAUGGGUAAAUAGCUUUCCGGUGUUUAACAGAGGGACGUGCAGCUUUCAUAUUUUUCAGAUGUAUAGCUGUGCCUUGGGGCCAAGUUAGUUUGGCAUGACUAUUUGUUUCUUGCGCCCUAAUCUGAUUGGCAGAUGGAGCUGACGCAGGCAUGUAAUUUUGGAGAUCAUGAUUCAUUUCUUGUGCAUCAGAUCAAUCAUUUGUGUGAUGUUGUAGACCUUUUCAUCCUGUUCAAUCCUAAUAUAGAGGUAUAAUUGUUCUACUUGCCCUUUCUUGUUAUCUUUGUUCCUUUUUAUAUUUCUUUAGAAUUGUGUGCCGCAAUAGUUUGUGUAAUUUAACUGAUGACAUUAUUUUUUCUUGCAUGUAAAUUUU